ACCAAUCAACUGCAAGAAUAUGUUGACGUCACAAAAUGCUCAUGUAUGGUUUUAUUGUAUUCGUCAUGAAUGCCGCAUACUUUGUUUUUCGGCAAAAUAGACGCAAUCCGCAAUACGUCUAUUCGCUGGAUUCCGAGUGGAUUGAUUGUUCGACGCGCCCGAUGUUAUAGCGAAAUGGCUGCGACGGGAGUUUUACCGUUUGUGAGAGGAAUAGAUUUCACCAAAAAUGAUUUCAAGACCGAGGCAUUUCCUGCAUCUGUGGGAAAGAUGACAGGACUGAGAUGGCUGAAACUGAACAGGACGGGGCUGCAGACAAUUCCUGAGGAACUGGGGAACCUCCAGAAACUGGAGCACCUGCACAUGAUGCACAACGCGCUGGAGAAGGUGUACGGCGAGCUGACGCAGCUGCCGUCUCUGCGCUCCAUCAACCUGAGACACAACUGCAUCCGCACGUCCGGCCUGCCGGCGGAGGUGUUCAGCUCUGAGGAGCUGACCACGCUCGACCUGAGCCAUAACAAGCUGAAGGAGAUACCGGAGGGACUGGAGCGGGCCCGCUCCCUGCUCAGCGUCAACCUCAGCCAUAAUAUGAUCGAGAUCAUCCCGAACCAGCUGUUUGUCUACGUGAACGACAUUCUGUUCCUGGACCUGAGCCACAACAAGCUGGAGUCGCUGCCACCCCAGACCCGGCGGCUGGUGAACCUGCAGACGCUGAUCCUCAACGACAAUCCGCUCGGACUGUUCCAGAUGCGUCAGCUGCCGGCGCUGACGUCCCUGCAGUGUCUGCACAUGGCCAACACACAGCGGUCGCCUAGCAACCUGCCGCCGCUGCUGGACACGCUAGUGAACCUCACCGAGGUGGAUUUGUCGCGCAACAAGCUGGCCAAGAUCCCCGACUGUCUAUUCACGGUGCCCAAUCUGAAGCGGCUCAACAUCAGUGACAACAACAUCGCCGGCGAACUCAACGUGGCCGUCGACCUGUGGACUCGUCUGGAGGUGCUGAACGUCUGCCGUAACCAGCUGACCGCCCUCCCUCCAUCGCUCUGUAAACUGACCAACAUCCGGCGGCUCUACGUAAACGACAACCGACUGGACUUUAACGGCGUUCCGGCCGGCAUGGGAAAACUGGCGGCUCUGGAGGUGUUCUCGGCGGCUCACAACCGGCUGGAGAUGAUCCCUGAGGGACUCUGCCGGUGCGGGGCGCUGAAGAAGCUGAUUCUGGCCUCUAACCGUCUGGUAACACUACCGGACACGAUCCAUCUCAUCUCCGACUCUCUGGAGGUGCUGGAUCUGAGGGACAACCCUGACCUGAUUUUCCCUCCGCGUCCGGCGUCGAUGAAGCAGGGUGCUGGCGUGGAGUUUUACAACGUGGACUUUUCGCUGCACAACCAGCUGCGUCAGGCGGGCGCCGCCAAGGAUCUGCCUCCGUCCAUGGCAGGCCCCAGCAAGGACCCGAUCGCCAGAAAACUGCGGCUGAGGCGCCGCAAGGACACCAAUGACUCAGAUAACCAGGACUCGGCCAAAAUACUGAAGGGUAUGAAGGACGUGGCGAAGGAGAAGGAGAAGACAAACAGCCAGGAGGGCGGGGCGCUCUACGAGUCGCUCAAACCGAAGAAGUGGGACGAGUCACUGGAGAAGCCGUCGCUCGACUACUCCGAGUUCUUUGAGCCGGACGUCGGCCAGAUUCCCGGUCUGACCGUCUGGGAGAUCGAAAACUUCCUGCCCAACCAGAUCGAUGAGAGCAUCCACGGCAAAUUCUACGAGGGCGACUGCUACAUCGUGCUGAAGACGUUCCUGGACGACUCGAACGCCAUCAGCUGGCAGAUCUACUUCUGGAUCGGAGAAAAGGCCACGCUGGACAAGCGCGCCUGCUCGGCGAUCCACGCCGUCAACCUACGUAACAACCUGGGCGCCGACUGCCGUAGUAUCCGCGAGGAGCAGGGCGACGAGUCGGACGCGUUUCUCGAUAUGUUCGGCGGAGAGAUAUCGUAUAUUGAGGGCGGACGGACUGCUAGCGGCUUCUACACCGUGGAGGAUGUGGAGUUCCCGACGCGUCUGUACCGGAUCCACCCCAACGGCACGGGACUUCACCUGGAGCCGGUCGAGGUCUCCCCGGACUCGCUCGACCCGCGCUAUGUGUUCCUGCUGGACGGCGGCAAGAGGAUGUUCGUCUGGUACGGAAACAAGUGCAAGAACACGCUGAAAAGCAAGACCAGACUGAUGGCGGAGAAGAUCAGCAAGAACGAGCGUAAGAACGAGUCGGACAUCGGCACGUUCCACCAGGGCGAGGAGACGGCCGAGUUCUGGUCGCUGGUCGGAGUCGCCGAGUACGAGGAGCCGCCCAGUGAGGACGACAUCGAGGAGCACGUGCCCGAGGACUUUGUCCCGAAGCGCUCGCACCUGUACCAGGUCGGCCUGGGAAUGGGCUACCUGGAGCUGCCCCAGGUCGAACUACCCCAGGGCAAAAUGACGCGCGAACUGCUCGUCAGCAAACACGUCUACGUGCUCGACUGCUUUGGGGACGUGUUUGUCUGGAUCGGCAAGAAGUCGACCCGUCUGGUGCGCGCGGCGUCUCUGAAGCUGUCUCAGGAGCUGGUCUGUAUGAAGGACCGCGGUCUGAACGCCAUGGUUACCGUGGUGAAGGAGGGUACCGAGUCGCAGGUGUUCAAAUCCAAGUUCUCCGGCUGGGACGAUGUGAUUGCCGUGGAUUUCACGCGCACAGCCGAGUCUGUCCGACGUACCGGGGCCGACAUCAACGCCUGGGCCAAAAAACAGCAGACCAAAACGGAUCUGUCGGCUCUGUUCACACCGCGACAGGUUCCGGUGCCUCUGGCCGAGGCGCAGCAGCUGAUGGACGAGUGGAACGAAGACCUCGAACAGAUGGAAACGUUCGUGCUCGAGGGGAAAAAGUUCGUCAGACUGCCCGAGGAUGAGUUCGGCCACUUUUACUCGGCCGACUGUUACGUCUUCCUGUGCCGCUACUGGGUGCCGGCGCAGGCGGAGGAUGGCGAGCCGGACGAAGACGCCGAGGAUGACUUCCAGUGCGUGGUCUACUUCUGGCAGGGACGGCACGCCUCCAACAUGGGCUGGCUCACCUUCACAUUCAGUCUUCAGAAGAAGUUCGAGUCGCUGUUCGGUGAGAAGCUGGAGGUUCUGCGCAUGUACCAACAGCAGGAGCCCAUGAAGUUCAUGUCGCACUUCAAGCGACGCUUCGUCAUCCACCAGGGUCGCCGUAAGGCGGCACCUCCGUUGCCGCGCCAGCCGGACCACGCGGACGCCCCGGCCGCCGCGGCGCCCGCCUCUGCCGUCGAGUUCUUCCACCUGCGCUGUAACGGCAACCCAAUCUGCUGCCGCUGCGUCCAGGUGGCGCCCGACGCCAGCGUGCUCAACUCGGAGUUCUGUUACAUCCUGAAGGUGCCGUUCAGCCAGCCGGGUCAGGAGCACGAGUCCGGCAUCGUGUACGUCUGGCUAGGCUCCAAGGCGGACCCGGACGAGGCCAGGCUGGCAGAGGAGAUCGCCACUGAACUGUAUGACGCGGAGCGUUUCAGCCUCCAGGUACUAAACGAGGGCGAGGAGCCCGAGAACUUCUUCUGGAUCGGUAUCGGCGGCAAGAAGCCGUACGACACGAGCGCCGAGUACAUGCGCUACAGCCGACUGUUCCGGUGUACAAACGAGAAGGGCUACUUCAGCAUCAGCGAAAAGUGCAGCGACUUCUGCCAGGAUGAGCUGGACGACGACGACAUCAUGAUUCUGGACAAUGGCGAGCAGGUGUUCCUAUGGAUGGGACCGCGCUGCAGCGAGGUCGAGGUCAAACUGGCCUACAAGAGCGCUCAGGUGUACAUUCAGCAUCUGCGCGUCAAGCAGCCGGAGCGUCCCCGGAAACUGUUCCUCACACUCAAAGGCAAGGAGUCGCGGCGCUUCUACAAGUGCUUCCACGGCUGGAGCCCACGCCCCCAGAGCAGUCUCUGCUAGGGCGCUGACCUGACCCGACGCUGCUGAUUUGACCUCAACGAGGUAGAUGGAGGACAUUGACCUCCUGAUUUUGAGACUUGGGAUUUUCUUUAGACUUGGCGUAACUGACGAGACACGACUUGUGUGACGACCUUGACAUGACCUUACGGAAGCACAUGACGCAAAUAUUGGUCUACAUGACCAACCACUUCUUGACCUCAGACAGGAUAAUUGAAAUGAGAAUGGGAGAGUUUGACGAACCCCAGUUUAGGCCAGCGAUGCUGUAGUGAUGUGACAUGAUUAACAGUGCCUUGUCCGCCUAUCGGAAACGAACACUUCCAAUCCUUACCGGCUUCUUCGGGAAAGAAAAAAAAAAUGAAUUCACAUGUUGGGAAUGAUAAUGCCUACGCUUUUACAUCGAUUAUUGCUUCAAAAUAUGAUUGAACUAUGCACGAGUGCAUGAAGUGCCAAAUCGGAAUAUGCACAGGUGUACACUGCGCUGGCGUGAAUGGAUUAUCGAGGCGCAUGGUUUUGUUCGUCCAAGUCUGGCCGCUCUUUGGGCGGUUCGCUGUCUUGACAUUGGCUCCACGAGACAGAAAGAUGUGAAUGUGCCGUCGUGUGGUAGCUUUAACUAACCAGUCGUUGAUUUGGCCAGGUUUGUCGUGUGCCCUCUUCCCCACUGAAGUGAACGCUUUGGUGCAAACUGAUCCUGUGCAGUGUGCACACUGCAUCGAAUCAGAUGACGCGAACUUGUUAAUUUUACAUUAAGUAUUUAUUGUAAAUAAAGCUGUGAUAUAUU